AUGGAGUUCUUCUCUGACGAAGCAUUGGCCAUUUUCGUGCCCAUCCUGGUGUACUGGGUGUACUCUGGCAUGUACAUGGCACUUGGCAAGUCCAUGGACAUGUACAGGCUGCAUUCGAGUAAGGAGGAGGGCAGCAAGAACCUUGUGUCCAAGCUGGAAGUCGCUACGUGCGUGCUCCUGCAGCAGCUACUGCAGGCGGCCAUAGCUGCCGUCACGUUCAUGCUCACGGGAGAUAGCCGCUUAACGGUGGCAUACGAUAAUAAAGAAGCACAAGGCUCAUCAUUAUAUCGGUACCAGAGGGUGGCACGGCAGUUUGCAGUGGCCAUGGUCGUGCUAGAUGGGUGGCAGUAUGCGUGGCACAGGUACAUGCACCACAACAGGUUCCUGUACCGGCACAUCCACUCGUGGCACCACCGCCUCGUUGUACCCUACGCAUUCGGCUCACAGUACAACCACCCCAUUGAGGGCCUCCUUCUAGACACGCUCGGUGGGGCGCUGGCCUUCGUCGUGUCGGGCAUGUCACCUCGUGCAUCCAUCUUCUUCUUCUCACUUUGCACCAUCAAGGGUGUGGACGACCACUGCGGUCUAUGGCUGCCAGGGAACGUGUUCCACCUGUGCUUCUGGAAUAACACGGCAUACCAUGACGUGCACCACCAGCUGCACGGCAGCAGGUUCAAUUUUUCACAGCCAUUCUUUGUGACGUGGGAUAAGGUCUUCGGGACUCAUAUGCCUUAUGUGCUGGAGGAGAGACCAGGUGGCGGGCUCCAAUCACGUCCCCUCAUGACAAGGGCCUCCCACAAUGGUGAAAAAAACUAG